AAUUGUUGUUUUUGUUUCAACAAAAAUAGUUGCAGAGCUAUCAUCGUAUUAAGUCUAAAAUGUUCCUGAAUGUUGAGAUGCAUCCACAGAAGACACAUAGCCCAUAUGUGUUUUAAUCGCGUCAAUACCAAGUUUAUUUCUCGUCUUCAAUUGUUUAUUUAGCUUUUAAUUAACGGAGUGUUCAAUUUUUUAAUAUUAGAGAUUAAUCCAAAGAGCUAAAAAAAUGAGCGAUGAAUUGACUAAGGAGCAAACUGCAUUACUACGUAAUGCAUUUAAUGCUUUUGACCCUGAAAAAAAUGGAUAUAUCAACACAGCUAUGGUGGGUACGAUACUUAGCAUGUUGGGUCAUCAACUUGAUGAUGCAACUCUUGCUGACAUUAUCGCUGAAGUCGAUGAGGAUGGUUCGGGCCAAAUCGAAUUUGAAGAAUUUACCACCCUGGCAGCCCGCUUCCUUGUGGAAGAGGACGCUGAAGCUAUGAUGGCUGAAUUGAAGGAAGCUUUCCGCCUUUACGACAAAGAAGGAAAUGGAUAUAUAACUACUGGUGUUCUUCGUGAAAUCCUGCGCGAACUAGACGAUAAAUUGACAAAUGACGACCUGGACAUGAUGAUUGAGGAAAUUGAUUCCGAUGGAUCGGGUACUGUUGAUUUUGAUGAAUUUAUGGAAGUAAUGACCGGUGGCGACGACUAAAACAAUAUCAAAAGAGUACAUCGAAAUAAGUAUUUUAAUUUAAACAAUGCAAUCAAAAUUGAAUGACAUGAGAAAAAAUUAUAUUAUAUUAUUUUGUCUAAAGUAAAUAAGUAAAUUGAUCGUAUGAAAACGUAAAAUAUUUUAUUCUUACGCAUUUUUUUAAAACCCUUUUAAGUUACUUUAAGUAGUCCUGCCAAAUGGAAUAAAUCUCUAUCGGUUCCACGCAAAUAGUAUAGUUUAGUUUUGUAUAGUUUAGUUUAUAGUUUAUAGUCACGUUGGCCGUGUUGUUAGAGGCCUUGGACUGCUUGCGCCACUUUAGUCGAACUGCAUUUUCUUUGUUGCUAUCAGUCUGACUCAACGAGCCAUUUGUUUCCCCCCUUUGCUUCAGACUCUUGGCUGCUCGGAAUUUAACGUUUCUGUAAGGGAGGUGGACGAGUACGGAGCGUUAAGAAAUUUUUGGUACAUCGCAGAUUGAAGUCCAAGCGGAUUAACGGAUUCACUCGCCAGUCAAUUUAGAAAAAUUAGCUGGAAGACGGAUAAUUUUAAGGAAUUAUGCGUAAAAACGACAAGGAUUGUUUUUAGUCAAAAAGCACGAAGUGAUAAACAAUGCCUUAAGAGAAUUAUAAAAAAGAUAUUGUCCGAUUAAUAAAUCUGGAGAAUUGAAAGGUAAAACAUUAAAGCAACUAGAGCGAUACAAUGAAAAUGAUACAGGCCAAUAUUAAAUUCCUCAUUAAGCAUUUAUAAGAGAGGAUAGUCUUAUCACUAAGCUUCGGGUGGUGUUUGACGCAAAGACCAAAACAACAGAUGGGAAAAGCUUUGGUAUUCACAUGACUAGGACAUACAUUUAGAGGAUAGGCAGCACGUGCUUUCCCCUCCCACCACCUCUAGCUGACCAAAUUGCAGCUGAAGUCAUUGUUCUGCAAGUGGGUCAUUAUCUACUCUACCUCCACCGCCGGGAAUGUCGGUGUCAGCUAGCGCAGCAUCAGCACCGGAAGACAGGCUAACGACUCUGGAGCUCUGCAGCGUACCGAUGAUGAAAGGGCAUACGGACCUUGUGUUUGGCUAAGCGUUGGGCCGCUGAGCUUACGAGCGGCUGGCGAAGCGCUGGCCACUCGUUCGAUUUUCGAUUUUUUUUUUUAUCAAAUUAUAAAAUUGUACUUAAUUAUAGAAAUAAAAGAAACUAAGACCUUGA